AUGUCCAGCAGUCGCAUCAUGCGCCUUUGCGCAUUGGGCGGUCUCUUGUUCUCAACAUGCAAUGCCCAAGGCUUCGUAUCUGACCGGCAAUGCUUCUACGACAGAGACAAACCGGCCGGUUCAGUAAUCGUGCCUUGUUCAUCAGAUGAGAAGACCUGGUGCUGCAAAGCCGGAGACGUCUGUCUGUCGGACAAUGCUUGCUGGAACAUGGAGACGGGCAACACCUACCUCUAUGGGUGUACGGAUGAGACGUAUCAACAUUACACAUGCCCUAAGAAGUGCGGUUUCAACAGUGAACUGUCGAAUUGGGUCGGACUUGUGUACUGCAAUGACACUGCACUCAUGCCCAAUCAGAAUUCCUGGGUCUGUCACCAUCCGCAGAGCUGUGCCGACAACUGCCCUGCGGACCGCCACACACCCUGGCUCUUGACACUGGAGAAGCUACCACCGAUCAACUGCUCCGAGAUGACCCCGUUAGUUGAGGCAUUCGCAGGUCCUACAUCGCUCAGACCUUUCUUGUGGUUGCCCUCUGCAAUGGGAGAGUCUACUAGUUGGUUUUCGCCCACCAAUGCGACGUACGUUCUCCGAACAGACUGGACCCCGAGCACGGCGUAUGCUUCUACGGCCACAACUAGUUCCUCGUCCAGCAUCACCAGCUCCGUGACAACCACAACAUCAGCCAGUACCGGCAGCGUACCUACCAACAGUGCUGCACCCGCAACAGCAGUACCCAGUGCCGCUGCAUCAGACGACGGCGACUCCACCGUUCUCAAGGUCGGUGUCGGCGUAGGUGUAGGUGUGGGCGUCCCACUGCUAGCUCUGCUCGCAUUUCUGGCCUUUUGGAUCCGCCGGCGAGGGCGGAGAGAUUCUCCACCUGCCCCCGCUCAUCCAUCUGUCAGCGAAGCCGAGCACGCUCGCCCGGUGUACUACGAGCCAAAGUAUGAUCCGAACCCGGCGUACUACUAUCCACAACAGCCCCAAUACCAGGCGUACCAUCCGGAGCCUGCACAGGCCCCUGGAGAACCGGGCGGCUUCUAUCAGGCUAAAGCCGAGCUUCCGGCUGAUCAGAAUGUGCCGAGACAUUCGAUGUCGCCGGUCCCGCUGUAUAGUGAGUUUGAGGCGCAGUCGAGGGAUAAGAGCAUCCCGGGUGAUGUGAGUCCGCAAGGGGACACAAGUCCGCGGAGGCCGCUGUCCCCGCGGCAUGAGGUAUCCAAUGGGAUGUGA